UCGUCUGUAGCUGCCUGCUUGGUUAUUCCAAGUUUUUUUUUUUACUAGGGCCCAACAUCAAAUAAAAUACAAAAAAUAUGUUUUUAAAGGAGCGCUUCCUCAACCAAAUUACAGCGAAUCACUGAGUGACAUCGUCUUCAUAUAAAUCUCAAGCCCGAAAGUUGUGAUCUGAAAACAAAAAGAUUCAUCUCGGUUUAUCGGUAUUUUUUACAUCUCAAAACGUCAUCAUGAAAUUCUCAUCAUCGUCGUCGCGACACCCUCGUCGUCGAUCUCAGAGCAACGUUGGAGCGGCGAUGUUUUCUUGGAUAUUCACUGCUUGUUUUCUUCUCCAUAUUUGCCAUGGCUGUGCCCCAUAUUUCUCACAAGAUGAGAGUGUUGAGGAGGGGACAGAAGAGAUUCCUGAGCCAGCGCGUCCGGCCGAGGCAGCCCUAAGAAGAGCCCCUGUCACUAAGCCCCCUCAGUGGUAUGCGGACCCAGUUGGAUCUGAGGUUCGUUUCCUAGUCCUGGGUGACAUAGGAGGCCUUGGUGAACCCCCUUAUACCACGGACGAUCAAGAGGACGUUGCUUGGGCUGCAGGCAAGGUCGCAGAUAACUUCAAAGCCGACUUCAUCGUCGAACUCGGCGAUAAUUUCUACGAAAACGGAGUGAAAGACGUCCAUGAUCCACGAUUUCGACAAACAUUUGAAGAUGUCUACACAGCCGAGUCCUUACAGGUCCCUUGGUAUAUCGUUCCUGGUAAUCACGACUGGGACGGAAACAUCACAGCACAGAUAGAAUACUCUAAAAUAUCAGAAAGAUGGCAUUUCCCGAGCUUGUAUUACACCAAGGAAUUCCGGAUAUCUGACAGUCCCGAUGCCAAGCUCUUCAUGGUAGUGAUAGAUACCAUGCUACUAUGUGGCAUGGGGACGCCCCCUACGGGCCCAUGGAAUGUCUCGGCUGCCGAGGACCAAUGGAUCUGGCUGGAACAUCAGCUUAACGCAACCAAAGAAGCGAACUAUGUGAUAGUAGCAGGCCACUAUCCCGUGAGAUCGAUGGGUUCACAUGGUCCAACCCGGUGUCUAGUAGAGAGACUGGAACCGCUCCUCAAGCAAUAUAACGUCUCUGCAUACUUUGCUGGCCACGACCACAACCUACAGCAUAUCCACGAGCCAGGAUCGCCGGUAGAGUAUUUCAUCAGCGGUGCUGGAUCGAAGAUCGACCCGGGUCGGACCUAUCGUUUCUCUGUCCCACCCGAAUGGCAACACUUCCACAUGGGCAACAUUCAACGGAAAGGCGGCUUCUUAUACGCCGAGGCGACGGCCGAACGAUUGACGGUCGCCUUCACCGACGCGAAAGACGUGUGGGAUUUCCAUACGACCACCAUAUCCCCGCGUAGGAUCAGAUAAUGAUGUCCCAGCCGAUCACAUAUACAAAAAGACUUGUGGUAUAUUUAAACGACCACGACAUAAGCGCGCGGAACAAGGUAGCCACGCACGGUCGAUCACGGGUGCGAACGGCGUGUGGGCCCAGGGUAGGAUUAGGUAAUGAUGUCGCAGACUCGCAGUCGACCACAGGUGAUCAUCAUCAUCAUCAUCGUCGUCGUACUCAUCGUCACUAUCACCAACAACAUCAACAUCAGCAGCAACAACACCAUGAUCACGACGUCGCCGUGCAUGACUUAGGUGAUGAUGUCUUGGACGACCAUCGAUGCGAAAGACGAGCGGGAUGGCCUUAGAAUCUCGACAACGCCAUCCAUGUGGUUAAUGGCGUCCUGAGCGACUGCCGACCUCCUAAUAUGCCUGCAGUUGGUUAAGCUUAAUGUCUUUCCAGACUUCUAAUAAAAGCGUUUUCAUUGGUGCUAUAGUUUUCUUCAAAGGGAGAGGGGGGUUGCAAACAUUUUUAUUCCAUUCAGUCCAGUAUAUAUGUUUGUCUUUUUCCUUUUCAAAUGUAUUUACUUACGCUUGGGUUUUUCACUUCAUUUUUAAACAGGACAUUUUAAAUCAAGAAUUGCCCCCUCUGUCUGCCCCACUCUCUCUCUCUCUCUCUCUCUCUCUCUCUCUCUCUCUCUCUCUCUCUCUCUCUCUCCCUCCCUCUUCCCUCUUCCCUCUUAUUAUCACAACGUAAAAGAUAAUGUUUAAAUUGUGUUUGAACGGCAUUUUUAUUUAUGCCUGGAAUAUAGAUAAUAAUAUCAUUAUGUACUUUAUGAAAGAUAACUACUUGCAAAACGUGAUUUUGGCAAAAUAACUGUGUGAUUUGUGUGCACAAAUAGAUUUAUAUAUCUGUCCUGAAAGAAAAGAGUGUAAGAAUGAUUUUAAACAUGAAUCUUGCUUUACCUUUGGUAUAAAAGAAUAAUAUUCAACAAACAAAUGCUGCGUUAUAUCAUUUAAUCGCGACUGUGUUCUGUCCUUCUAUUUUCUUUUAAGACUUCUAAAAGUUGUCACCUUAUUUUGCUGUUCAACUUACCUUUCUUCAUUUUAUUGAGUUUACCUUUUGAAAUGGUAAUUGAAUUUCAUCUUACCUAUACAAGGGGUGUUAUUGACAAUUUCUGUAGACGACAAUGAAUUUCGGUGAUUUUUAUCGACUACAUGUAUUUUUUAAUGUAUAACCUUACAUAUAUUACGAUGACUCGAUGUCUUUUCCUAACCGACGACAGAGACUCGUACUAACGUGAUUUAAGACUGCCUAACGCUGCUGCAUUUUAAUAAUUAUUUUCAAUCAAUAUAUGCUACGGUCACAAAGGUUCGUACGAACGAU